GGAUUUUUGAAAAUCUGGUAUCACAGAAAAGUUAAAAUUAUUAACAAAUCGCUGUUUAAUGUGAAACAUCGUGCCAAAGUGCAGUAGGGCCGAGCCAAAACACAGACAGUCAAAGUAGCAGCCGCUUGCAAGCCAACCGCUUAAAUGUCACAACACUCGAAAAAGGAGAGCAGCGGCAAUAGCAGUAGCCAUGUGGCCCAGGGUAAUCGGCACAGCAGCGGAGACAGCAAUAGUACCACCAACAUCAACAACAGCAACAACAAAAGCCACAAACGGCAGGCGGCCAAUGGCAUUGUGAAGGCACAGUCAAACUCCCACUUCCACAGCCCAACGUCCUCGAAAUCGACCAGCAACAGUAACAGCAGUUCCAGUACAAGCCUCAGCAGGAGCAGCAUGCAGGACACCAGCUCCUCGGCCACAUCUUUGCUAGCUGGCAAGGCUAAGAAGAACCAAAAAGACAAACAGCGCGAACGGGAGCGCGCGGAACGUGGCCAGUUGGUCCUCUGGCGACGACCCCUGCAGACCACCAAGUACUGUGGUCUCGAGUUAGCAGCAUUGCUGAGGACGUGGAGCACCAGACUGCUGCAGCAGCGUAUCCUGCUGGCCGCCCUGAUAGUAUUAGGCAUCGUAUUUAGCGUAAUUUACAAAAUAGACGGCCCCCACCAGUUGGCCAUCGAGUUUGUGCGUCGGAACACCUGGUUCUUUGUCUAUUGGCUCGGCCUGGGUGUACUAUCCUCGGUGGGAUUGGGCACUGGACUGCACACGUUCCUGCUCUACCUUGGGCCGCACAUAGCCAGCGUCACGCUGGCCGCCUAUGAGUGCAAUUCUCUUCGAUUCCCACAGCCACCGUAUCCAGAUGAUAUUAUCUGUCCUGAAGAGCCCUACGACAAGCGGGUGCCUAAUAUCUGGUCCAUUAUGUCUAAGGUCCGAAUGGAGGCCUUCCUCUGGGGAGCGGGCACAGCCCUGGGCGAGCUGCCGCCGUACUUUAUGGCCAAGGCGGCUAGACUUUCCGGCUACGAUCCAGAGGAUGCCGAGGAGUUGGCCGAAUUCGAGGCCCUGAACGCUAAGCGUCACCAAAAGAACCUCAGUCUGAUGGACAAGGGCAAGCUGUUCAUGGAGCGAGUGGUGGAGCGCGUUGGAUUCUUUGGCAUCCUAGCCUGUGCAAGCAUUCCCAAUCCCCUGUUUGAUCUGGCAGGUAUUACCUGUGGCCACUUCCUGGUGCCAUUCUGGACGUUCUUCGGGGCCACGCUUAUUGGCAAAGCGGUGAUCAAGAUGCACAUCCAGAAGAUCUUUGUGAUCAUCGCCUUCAACGAGACCCUGAUCGAACGGGCCGUCGAUCUGUUGGCCUCGCUGCCGGUGCUCGGCCAUAAGUUGCAGGAGCCGUUCAAGUCUUUCCUGAACAACCAGAAGCAGCGUCUGCAUCGGCAGCAACGUGGAGCGCCUGGUUCUGGAACUGGAACGGGAGAUUCGGGCAAUUUGCUGUCCAAGAUUUUCGAGACAUUCGUAAUAGGAAUGGUGUGCUAUUUCGUGGUAUCCAUUGUAAACUCAUUGGCCCAAAGCUAUCACAAGCGGUUACACAAAAAGCCGGCGAGCGGAGUAGCUUCUGCGACCACACCUACUCGGUCGGCGGGGGCGAACAAGGCGAAGACCGGCAAGCAGAAAGCUUUGCGAGACUAGAAAUCGUUUCGGUGGGAAUGUCUUUUGUUGAUCGUGUUUGUUCCGACACCGUGAUCACCCUUUUCCUUUUCGUUUAAGUUAUUUUUGUUUAUUGCGGCUUUCGCUCUUAGUCAAAUUAAAUAUUAUGUGUGACUGCGACCGCGAAAGAAAGAGAUGGCCAAACAGCCAGGGAAAUUUACCUUGUAAACUAGAUUAGGAACCAAACUAAAUGCGGAUGAAGCGAAGCAGCCACACAUUAUAUAUUUUAGAAAUGUACAAAAAAAAAAAAAAAAACAAA